AAGAAACCACAGUUACAAGUUCCUUCUGUACUCUGUCUAAUAGAGCCUCACCCCUUCUUCUCCUAUAAGUCCUUAAGCUGUACUCUAAAAGAGGAAGCUCAAUUCACACUUGUAGGCACAUGAAAAAAAGCACUGUUGUAAAGACAGUGUUGUAAAGCCUGUUGUCAGAGUCAGCGUUUGGCAUUUCAUUAACACCAUGCACCCCAAUAACAAUACUACAUGCGAUGCGGAAUCGCAGAAAGUGGUGUCCUCUUUUCUCGCUCCUUUACUCAUCACUGAGCUCCUGCUUGGCCUGCCAGGAAACCUGAUGGCUCUGUUUAUCUUCUGUCGACAUUUUCACUCUUGGAGACCCAAUAUCCUGUUUCUCUUCAACCUGAUCCUGGCGGAUUUUCUCCUCUUGGUGAGCCUUCCAUUCCGGAUUGAUGCCUAUAUGCGCUCUGAAAACUGGAUGUUCGGUGAUGCUUGGUGUCGGAUUAACCUCUACAUGCUUGCAAUCAAUCGAUCAGCAAGCAUCAGCUUUAUGACUGCUGUGGCUGUACAUCGAUAUUUUAAGGUAGUCCAUCCGCAUAAUAAAAUCAACUGUAUUAGCUCACGCCAAGCUGGAGGCAUAGCUUGUUUUAUCUGGAUGGUGGUGACUUUAACACGGCUUCCACUGCUAACCAACAGGUUACUUAUAACAAAAAAUAAUUUUUCUUACUGUCGAAGCUUUAGCAUGAAAAAUCCACCGAUAGGUAUUAAGCUACAUUAUGUAAUCUAUAUUGCUGAGUUUAUACUUCCUUUAUUGAUACUAUUUUUCUGCUCCUUUCGAAUUUCCUGCAUAUUAAAAAAACGGCAGAUGGACAGAGAAAAGAAAGUGCGACAGGCUAUUCGCACUGUUCUAGUAAUCGUUGUGGUCUUUAUUUUAUGUUUCUUCCCUGGAGUUGCUACAGGACUGAUUGCACUCUAUUUGGAAAAACGGAUAAAUGAAUACUGUAAUGCUUACAAAGUAGUUAGUGAGCUGUUUGUUUUAUCCAUCGGGGUUACAUACUUGAACAGUGCCCUGGAUCCUGUCAUAUACUGCUUCUCCAGCUCUAUGUUUCGAAACUCAAUUAAAAGGUCUAUUAAUCGAUCUGGACUGGUGCAGUUAAGACUAAGCCGACAUCCCAGCGCAGUGAGUGGAAUUGAAUCCUAAGUAGAUGAUUCCUGAAAGGAAAGAUCGGAUUUAAACUAAUAUUAUUUUAUUUUAUCAUGCUUGAUAUCUUUUACAACAAAAACUGUUUGCAGCUUACAGCAAUCAGUCUUUAGUGAAGUAAUCCAGUACUGUGGAACAAUUAACAAUAUUAUUAACAGUAAGAGUGGCGAAAUUAUAACCAAUAUUGAAUACAGGCUUUUGAUACAUUUUUCAUCUGUAUUAAAGGAAGAGAUUGUAUUAUUAUUACUAUUAUUACUAUUAUUAUUAAUUUUAACUUACCUUUGUGGUUGUAUUUAAGGGAAAUAUUCUAAAACCUUUUCAAAAUCUUUGGGGAGUAAAACGUGGUACAGUAUUUUAACAUCAACAAGUAGUAUUGAUAAUAAUUUUAGAAGAAUAUUGAUUUUUAAAAUUAAUGUAAAACUAUACACUAGAUAAACACAAGAACAGCAUCAAAACCUCAACAGGGAGUCAAUUUAAAAUAAAACAGCAUUUUUAAAAAAGACUAUGCAACUUUGUACAGUAUCAGCUUUGAAUUUAUUAUUUUUUAUGUAAAAGACUAUGUUAUGUUACAAAUUUUUUGUCAUCAUUCUUUCUUAUUAUACUUGUCUCAUUCCAUCAACAUUUAAAAUGCAAAUAGACAUAAAUAAAUCAUAGCACUCUAAAACAUCAUAACAAUCCACAAACUGCGUACACUCAGAGAAAAUUAUCGACCUUAUGAAACCAUCAUAUGGUUUCAUAAGGUCACGGAUGCCUAUAAUUGGUUAUUGUUGCUGUGAUCAAAAGGAGAGAAUAAUGCUGUACCUGCCACCCUAAAAUCACAACCAGCUUUGCUCUCAGGGCUGUCAGGAUAGUAAAAAUGUCUGUUGUAUUUGUAAUGAAUAUUGAUUAUGUAUAUUAAAAUAUUAAAGUGUAAACAACUGCUAAUCACUUUGUUAUUGACCACUAGCCUUCAGCAGCAUAAAUUCUGACAAUUUCCUAAUUAUUUUUUUUUAUUGUAUAAUUGCCUUUUUUUUUUUUCUUUGGUAAUAUGUCAAACAGAAGAUCUAGCAAAGUAUUUCCAUCUAGGGAAGGACCUGCCAGUUCUCUAAAGGUAUUAGAACAUCUACACAAAAAAACUGGUCAUUUAUUACACUCAGGCUGUCAGUUGAAUUCGGUUUAUCGUCACAUACUGUUGCAUACUGUCACAAGCCUAAAGCAAUCCCAGAUCAUAUCAUAGCCUCCAGAGGCUAGUAUAGGCACUACUGUAUGCAUCAUGAGUGCAUCACUUCGGGGUAAGAAUGAAAGCCCAUAAAGUGAUGUACCUAUGAUGCAUGAGCUACCAUUCUUAUUCCGAUGUGUCAAUUGCUCUGAAAUAGGUCAAUCUGGACUAGACCACAUUACCUUUUCCAAUGCUACAAAGUUCAAUUGCAAAGUAUUUAAUCAAAAGUUUUACAACAAGUUGUUAAUUUAGUAUUAUCUAUCCAUAGUAAAUAAUACAACGGACAGUUAUCAACAAGUCAUUUUAAUGUUUUCUUUGCUUAAUGCAGACCAAUAUUUUAUAGGCUGUGUUUUUUUAAUGUUGAGAAAUAGAGGGAGAUAAAAGUGUAAGUUUCAAGUACUGAGUGUGAGUCUCAAGUACUGUAAAUAACUAUUUAUCAAUGUUUCUAUGGAUGCAAUUGUACUGAAGAGGAGCUGAAUGUUUAAGUAAACAGUAUUUGUAUUUUCUCACUUGUUCAUAUUUUCCCUAUUUGUGGAGUUAAAAUUCUUAAUCAGGCUUGAGUAGUUGGUUCUUUAGUUACCUAAAAAUACAAGCAAAAAUACAGCUCAGAACUAACAUAAAUGCCUAACAAGGCUUUACAUUGUCAUCCACCCAUUGUACACCCUUUUAAAGUGCUAGGUUUUUAAUUUAUUAGGGUAUAAAUAACAAUUGUGUGAUUUUUAACAACUUGUAUUAACACACCAAUAGCUUCAGUGAUAACAAAAAUUACAGCACAUCUUUCUAAAUUUUGGUUUAUACUUUUUUUUUCAGUGAAAAAAAAAUGGUUGGUAAGGAUACCACAAGGGCAUUUAGGCCCCAAUAACUUAAACAUAGAAUUUAAAGUGCGUGUAGUUCUUUUUAACAUGACUGUUUAGUGCUGUAUAGAGAUACAGUGAAGUAAUGAGGAUGUGAAAGGGCACAUUUAAAAAUGAAUAUGAUAUUGAUAUUUGCUUUCCUGCGUAUUUUCUCUGGCCUUGAUUAACUAAUGAUAUUGUGCCUUAGCCUAGAGUAAACCUGAGAACUGUAUUGAGUAUACAACUGUGUCAUUCUGCAUAUUUAUUCUCAUCCUGAGUCUGCUAUAUUAUCCUGCUGUUUUAUACCUGGCUUAAAUAAUUCCCAAAGGUAAGGAAUUUAGGGAUAUAAAAUCUAUCAAUCUAUACACUAAUGUCAUUAUUUAAAAAUACAGAAGAAAAAUUUACAGAAACAUGUGAAAACAAGAAAUACAAAAAAGCUGUCAUUAACAUGAUUUUUUUUUUAUUUCUAUGACCUUUACAUACUUCAAAGUGAGUGAGUACAACUCUGCAAAGUGCCAGUUCUUUCCACUACAGCCAAGUCAACUCCAGCUCAUUGGAAGAUUUGUAGAGUUU